AUGGAUAAGCAUUCCGGUGAUAAGCAUAUACUUAUUCUAAACUUAAUCCAUAUCCAGGCACUACACAAACAUACUAAGACAUUCAAUGCACCGGGUGUUGUGAUAGUCUUACUCAUAAUUUGUGUGCAAUACUUGUGGGCAUAUCCGCGGCCACACAACUGCACGUCUACUGUCACCUCCCAUGGGAUCAGUUUUCAUGGCUGCGAAGACAUCAUCUCAACUGAAAGUAUCACAAAUAAAAUACAUCAUAAGCGACUCAUCUAUACAUUCAAAGGCAUUCCUUAUGCUAAACCACCUGUCGGUGCCUUAAGAUUCCGAAAGCCGGUGCCCAUAAAGCACCGGAAGGGCACUCAAGUGAACGCAAAGAACUAUAAGAAGCCGUGUAUGCAGUCCUGGAUAGCUGACCACCCAUUCGGCGUUAUGUCCGAAGACUGCCUUCACCUCAAUGUGUGGACGCCUACACUCAACGGUACGGCUAACCUGCCGGUUAUGAUCUGGAUAUAUGGCGGUUCCUUCUAUAUCGGCUCCAGUAGUCAAUUCGCGGCACUAUAUCUUACCAGCGAUAACAUCUAUGAGGGCACACAACUGGCGCUCAGGGAUGUGGUGAUCGUUACUAUUAAUUAUCGUUUGGGUAUAUUUGGGUUUCUGUACGGAAACACACCGGACUGUCCAGGAAAUCAAGGCCUAUGGGAUCAGGCGAUGGCAAUCCAGUGGGUAAAGGAUAAUAUUAAAGCGUUUGGCGGUAAUCCCAAUGAUAUAACACUAUUUGGUGAGAGCGCCGGGAGUAUAUCCAUCAGCAAUCAUAUCGUGUCGAAUGUAACUCGAAAUAUGUUUCAAAAGGCAAUCAUGCAGUCGGGUAUGGCUGAGACUAAUGGUUCGGCAUAUAUCAAGCUAUUCUCGAGAGACACCGACUACUCGUAUAAAAUCGCCCGAAAAUUCGCGUCCAAUAAGAAACUGUUCCGAAGGAGUGGUCCAUGUGUUGGAGACAACGAUUGGAUUGAAUGCCUGCGAACCAAAAGAGCGCACGAAUUACUGAACGCACAGUUGCUGUCUAUCCUCCACAACCCACUGAAGCCGUGGUACACCGUUUGGAUCCAACAGUUUUGCCCCGUUUUCGGCGAUGAGUUCGUCCCCAUUUCGCCGUCAAAGAGGGGAACUUCAGGAAAGACGAGGGAUGUGGUGAUCGUUACUAUUAAUUAUCGUUUGGGUAUAUUUGGGUUUCUGUACGGAAACACACCGGACUGUCCAGGAAAUCAAGGCCUAUGGGAUCAGGCGAUGGCAAUCCAGUGGGUAAAGGACAAUAUUAAAGCGUUUGGGGGUAAUCCCAAUGAUAUAACACUAUUUGGUGAGAGCGCCGGCAGUAUAUCCAUCAGCAAUCAUAUCGUGUCGAAUGUAACUCGAAAUAUGUUUCAGAAGGCAAUCAUGCAGUCGGGUAUGGCUGAGACUAAUGGUUCGGCAUAUAUUAAGCUAUUCUCGAGAGACACCGACUACUCGUAUAAAAUCGCCCGAAAAUUUGCGUCCAAUAAGAAACUGUUCCGAAGGAGUGGUCCGUGUGUUGGAGACAACGAUUGGAUUGAAUGCCUGCGAACCAAAAGAGCGCACGAAUUACUGAACGCACAGUUGGUGUCCAUCCUCCACAACCCACUGAAGCCGUGGUACACCGUUUGGAUCCAACAGUUUUGCCCCGUUUUCGGCGAUGAGUUCGUCCCCAUUUCGGUCAACAAAGCCGUCAAAGAGGGGAACUUCAGGAAAGACGUGCGCGUCCUCAUGGGUCACGUGGAGAUGGAGGGCCUGCUGUUCGCGUCGGCCUUUGAUUUAGUGGUCGGUAUGUCGGGCCGAUACCUGCCGUUCGUGCCCAUCGCGCCCGUCAUCUCCAGGGAUAUCGUGCGGAACGACAUUCGCAAGUAUUUCUUCGACAACGACACCAUUGGUGUGGAGAUCGCACACGAGUUCACCAAAUCCUUCGACACAAACCCGCGACUACUGGACGGCAAUGGCCUGCGGAGGGCAGCCAUACAUGCGUUCGGCGACUACUUCCUCACGUGUCCCACAAUC